GGCAGGGUGAACAGCUAGUGAGAGGGUUGUAAGAGGAGAGGGGGAAUGAGAGAGAGAAGGGUGUUUCUUUGAAGGCGGAAAGUGGAGAAAGAGGGCAACCAGAGAAGAGUGUAAGUGCAGAGAGUGAAGGGUCCGUGCAUGCUGGGAGGGAAGGGACAACCGCUAGCGAGGGAGAGAGAAUGGUGUAAAAGUACAGGCUGACAGAAGAAAGAAGGGUGCAGGAACGGCAAGAGCGACGGCAGGAGGGUGCAAGAGAGCGGGCCCUGUGCUUUCUGAAAGAAGAGGGAGAGACGUGUGGUGAAGGAAAGACGGGGGGCUGGACUGACUGAAUGUUGUGACGGUUCCAGUCCUGGCUGAGUAGAGAGAGAGAAAGAUCAACUUGGACAGGGGUGUGAGGGCUCACGGGGAGGAAAGGGGUUUUGGGGUGUCAAAGAAGCAAGGAAGGACCCAGCUUCCCUGUACUAGCGUGAAAAGGAGGAAAAGAGUGAUUCCCUAUUGAAAAAAAAACGAGGGGAGAUCCGGACAACUGACUUGUGGAUCAAAUCUAAAAAAGGAGAAGACAGAACCAGAGGAUCAAUGGGGUGCAUUCACAGUAUCCAGCAUUGCAGCAGAAAGAGAUGCGCUCCGGAACCUGAGGGAUCCCCGAAAGUAGCAGUCCACAAUAUCCCCGUUGAAAUCCUACAGCUGGCUGAGCUUGGUAAAGGAGCCGUGUCCCAUGCGUUCACAGAGAAGAGCUGUAGGAAGAAACGACCAUGCGAAGUGUGUAGACAGACCAUCAACAUCCCUGGGGCUUUCUGUAAGGAGUGCAAGACAGCCGUUCAUAAAAAAUGUGACGCCAAGCAGGGGUCCACUAAGUCCCUGUCCCAUAAGAAGAGGAUCUUCCUUCCCAGGCGUAAGAGUGGGGAGUGUGCGAUGGAGAGAGUGAUGGCGAAGCACUAUGACUUUGACCUCACCUACAUCACUGAGAGGAUCAUCUCUGUUUUCUUCCUGCCCGAUCUGGAAGAACAAUGUUACCGUGGCAACUUACAGGAAGUGGCUGCCAUGCUCAAGUCCAAACACCAAGACAAGUUCCUGCUCUUAAACCUUUCUGAGAAGCGUCAUGACAUCACCAGACUCAACCCCAAGGUUGAAGACUUUGGUUGGCCAGACCUGCACGCCCCACCCCUGGACAAGAUCUGUGCCAUGUGUAAGGCCAUGGAGACCUGGCUCACCUCUGACCCCUGCAACGUGGUCGUCCUGCACUGCAAGGGAAACAAGGGGAGGACGGGGGUCAUCGUGGCGGCCUACAUGCACUACAGCAAGAUCUCCGCAGGAGUGGACCAGGCCCUGACCACUCUGGCCAUGAGGAAGUUCUGCGAAGACAAAGUGUCCUCCUCGCUGCAGCCCUCUCAAAACAGGUAUAUCUACUACUUUGGGGGUCUGUUGUCGGGGGUGAUCAGGAUGAACAGCAGACCUCUGUUCCUCCACCAGGUCCUCAUCCCCAGCCUGCCCAACUUCCAGGCAGCAGGAGGAGGUUACUAUCCUUUCCUGAAGAUCUACCAGUCUCUACAGCUGGUCUACACAUCAGGCAUCUACGACCCCCAGGGCUCCAGGGCGAGAAAGCUGUGUGUGACACUCGAGCCGGCGCUACUGCUGAAGGGGGACAUCGUGGUGAAGUGCUAUCACCGGCGGCCGCGUGGCUCAGAGAGGGAGGCCGUGUUCAGGCUGCAGUUCCACACCUGUACGGUGCACGGAGCUCAGCUGUGGUUCGGCAAGGGAGAGCUAGACCUGGCCUGCGCAGAUGACCGGUUCCCUCCAGAUGCCACAGUGGAGUGUAUCUUCUCCUACGGCCCAGAGAAAAUGAAAGGGCGAGAAUACCGUAAGAAUGACCCCUCUGUUACAGUGGACUACAGCACUUCAGACCCUGUGGUGCGUUGGGACUCAUAUGAGAACUUCAACCUUCACCACCAGGAUAGCAUUGAGGACAUCUCCCACACGCGGGGCCCCCUGGAUGGUAGUCUGUACGCCCAGGUGAAGAAGCGUCGGGGCCCGGGCUCUGUGGGUGCUUCUGGGGCCUCUCCCAACGGAUGCCCCCCAAGCAGCCCCACAAACAAGCCCCCUUCCCAGGCCCAGCCUCAAACCCAGAUCCUUUCCCUCAGCUCCGACUCGGGGCACUCCUCCACCUUCGAGGAACCCCCCCCUCGCCCCCUGCCCCGUCUGGAGAAAGAUAAGGAAGAGAUGGACUGUUUCCUGAGGAGGAUAGAGGGGGAAGGUGAAGAGAGGGAAUGGGUGAGGCAGAGGGACAGGGAGACGGCCAUUUUGGAUGACAGAGAGUCUGUGCCGGAUGGAGGGUCAAGGCGGGAGCAGCGGUCAUGUUGUGUUCAAGCUGGCCACGGUCCGAGAUGUCAGAGGUGUGGGGAGGCACCGGGUUGGGAGAGGGUGAGAGAGAGGGAGCCAUGCCUUGCAAAUGGACAUUACAUGGACCGCUGUAACAGAACCAAGGGGAAUCCAAAAAGCCGAACGCUUCCCGCCUUACCCUCCCAGCAGCCUGCGUCUCCUCACCCUCUCUCGCCCCACCUGGACUUGUGCCAUCGCCAUAGCGCCCAUCCCCUGCCCGAGUUGCCGUGGGAACCCCCCCCGCCCCCCUUACCCUGUCUCCAUCACCCCUGCUACCCCUACCCCGCCCCUGAACACGUCCACCCACACGCCCACACCCUCCCAGCCUCCAAUAGGGUCUUCUGCAGCGGGGAGGAAUGUCAGCUCUUUCAUUACCCCGCCCACGCCCCCCUUUCCCCUCGUGUCUCCCACCAAUCGCUGCCCUCCAGUCCAUAUAGGGAGAUGUUUUUCAGACCGUCGGCUCCUCCCCCUGGUGGCUGCCCAUGUCAGGACUGCACCUGCAGGCGAGGGCACCAAUCGGCUUCAGCCAGAGCCUUCCACCCGCUGCGCCCGGACCAACCACAGAGCCCACACUGGGCUCGAGGGAGGGACUCUGAGCUGUGGGACAGGGAGGCCGGGUUGAGGCGGGGGAGGGAAGGGCCUUCUCAGCUUUGGGAGGCGGAGAAUCUAUGGGAGGCGGAGCGAGAGGCAGAGAUUUGGCAGCGUUCAGUGGGAGGGAUGUCGUCCUAUAGAGGCCAUCACUCCCCUCUGGGUCAAGGUCACGACCCUUCUGUUUUCCUGCGAGGCCCUAACCUGCCUAGGUAUCCCAGCCCCCACCCCCUCCUGGACAGCCCCCGUGGCAGCAGUGGGUACCACACCCCUCAACCCCUCCUACACUCCUGCCCCUGCGAGCCCAACCAGCAGGUCUCUCCUUCGGAGAGCAACGGGAGCCGGGGGUACGCCUCAGGGUACCAGUCCGGGUCUGCCUCACCCCUGCCCCCUGGUGGCACAAACUCUGGUGCCUCCCCCUCGGAACCACCCAGCGACCGGCAGCAACAGACUGAUGGACACACUGGUGUGUCAGAGGUGGUGCAGAACAGUGUGGGUAUGGAGGACUCUUCUUCCCAGGGGUCAUUGGGGCAAGCAGAGAUUGAUGGACAGCCCGCUUGCCCCACCCCCUUAUCAGACUCUGAUCCAGACUACACAACUAUCACCAGCAGCCCUGCACACAGUGAAGACAGUGAGAAGAAGCCAGAUGAAGAGAAGAUGUGUGACCCCACCGAGGGUUCCACCCAGAGUCCUCCAGCAGGCCCCCAGGAGCCAAGUCAAGGGCCCCAGCUGAUAGAGUCCCUCAGUGUGGCCCCAAUGUCUGAAGCCUCAGCCUCCCACUCCACCACGCGGGAGCCUAACAGCAACAGUAGCACACCAGAAACCGAAUGGACACUGCCAAAUGGACACUCCACGACACCACCAACGUUGGUGGAGACACAAAACCAAGAUGACAUCUCUUCUUCUAAAGAGACAAUACAGAUGCCGAAUGAACGCGUAAACCCUACUGGCUCAAGGCAAGUGCACAUUGUAAGUGUACAUCCACCUCCAGCUACAGCUGAAGAUGGAGAAUUGAAGGUCGUAGAGAGUGAAACAAAGGGGUCUAGCGGAACUGAGAUGUCCACUCAGGCCGCCUCCGUCCCGAGCCCAAAGAAUUCCUUCGGCCCAGUCCAAGUGCAACUCAAUGGCACCGCUCUCCCUAGUGACUCCCUCCUGUCAGAAAAGGGCAGUGGCACAUCCCUGACCCCUUGUUCCAGCCCCAGCUCUGUCCCUCCCUCUCCGCACCUUUACAUUGGCUCCCCAGAGCGACGCCCCUCCCCUCAGCCCUCUCCAUUGGCCAUGGACCCAGCUGGGCGAAGACUGACCCAUGUGAGUGACAGUGACCCCAAACCCCCAUCGCCUGUCCCAGAUGGGUACAACACCCCAACCUUUCCCCUGGCGUCCUAUUACUACCCUCUACUCAACGUGCCACACGUCCCCUACACGGGCUACACCGCCGUCACCAUCCCCGCCGCCCAGCCCCCCCUCCCCGAAAAGAGGCGCCUGUCCUCCAUGCCAGGGUCCCCCAAUUGUUACGGCUCACAGUCUCUUCUCAGGGCCUCUCUGGGUGCCAUAGGACCCAUGGGGGUCUCUCCACAGUCCAGCCUCCUCCAGGUCACUUUCUCACCCUCGGUGGGGGAGCUGCCCCCAUCUGUCAGACGAGGACUGGCACACCCUGGUGUCAGAGAGGAGGUGGUGGAGAGUAGCAAGGUCAAUGCCAAGUUUGUCCAGGACAGCUCCAAGUUCUGGUACAAGCCUAGCAUCUCAAGAGACCAAGCCAUCGCUGUGUUGAAGGACAAGGAUCCAGGGUCCUUCCUUAUCCGGGACAGUAACUCCUUCCAAGGGGCCUACGGCCUGGCCCUCAAGGUGGCCAGCCAUCCUUCAAACAACGUCAACAACGCUUGCCUCGAUUCUCAGGCGCAGCUAGUCAGACAUUUCCUCAUAGAGACGGGCUCACGGGGGGUCAAGAUAAAGGGCUGUCAGAACGAGUCCUAUUUCGGAAGUUUAUCUGCCUUAGUGUACCAGCACUCCAUCACUCCUAUCUCCCUGCCAUGUGCCUUGUGCAUCCCAGAGAAAGAUCUGGUUGGAGAGCUGCAGGAGAUGCAUAGUGCCAGCAACACCAGUACUGCAGCAGACCUCCUCAAACAGGGUGCAGCCUGUAACGUACUCUACCUGAACUCCGUGGAGACAGAGUCACUGACCGGGCCUCAAGCUGUCUCCAAGGCGACCAGGUGCACUCUGACCCAGAGUCCUCGGCCCACAGCCACAGUGGUCCACUUCAAAGUGUCCACUCAGGGUAUCACGCUGACCGACAGCCAGAGAAGACUAUUUUUCAGGAGACACUACCCCAUCAACAGUGUGACCUUCAGCAGCGUGGAGCCUCAGGACCAGAGGUGGACUAAUUUUGAUAAGUCAAGCAAGGUGUUUGGUUUUGUGGCCAGGCGGACGGGCAGCGCAUCCGAGAACGUGUGUCACCUUUUCGCUGAGAUGGACCCGGAGCAGCCAGCUGUGGCCAUCGUCAACUUUAUCAACAAGGUCAUGCUGGGGCCCCAUCAGCAACGCAGAUGAGCUAGGGCCCCCCAGAGCAAGAGCCACAACAGGGGAUAACCGUGUGUGGGUCACAGUGUGUAAAUUGGUGGGCGAUAAUGGUUGGGUAUGUGUUUCUGCAAAUUUGUCGAUGUGUUUGUGUACACAAAUUGGUGAGUGUGUGUACGAAGUGGUGGGUAUGGGUCAGCAAAUUGGUGUGUGUUUGUGUGUGUUCAUGAUUGAAGAUAGCUGUCCAUUGGUCCAGGAGAGGAACAGGAUUGGACAUGCAUCAUGUCCAUCAAGACGGUAUGUUAGAGAGUAUAUUUUGAGGUGAUACAGAGUUAAGCUUGUCCUCUACAGUUAAGUGAGUCGAUUAACACCACCUCUACCGGGUGAGCUUUAUAUAUAUUAUUUUGGGGGGUCCAUUCAGUUACUGUUUGCCAUCACCUUUCAUUUAAUCAUGUUUGUAUGACUAUGAAGUAUGUGUAAUUUUAAAUAGGCAAGCCUUAUAAAAAAGCCUGUACAAUGUCAAUGACCACCCAGUUUGCACACAAGCAGAUUUGGAAGAUCACUUUUUAUUGGUCAGUAUUAUGUUACCCAAUUUCUGUAUAGUCAACCUCUUUGACGAGUUGGACAAAGCCGCACAGAAGUUGGUUAUAGUAAAUGUGUGAGUGUAAUGGAAUGUCAGAAAUGGAAUCGGAGUCAUUUUUAUUGUGUUUAUAGUUGAACUGGAAUGGCAACAUAUCCUGGGUUGUGUUCAUUAUGUAUUGAAACAAAGGAUAACCUGGACUUACUCAUUUUCAUUUUCUGUUACGAAACCUUUUUAAAAUGUUUUCCCUUGCGUGCCCUAAUGAACAUGACCAUGGUCUUUAUUAUGUGUUUUUUCUAUCAUGCCAGUACUGAGGUGGUUACAUUGGGCUGGCAUGCCAAAGAGAGGAAAAGCAAGUGAUCCCAUGGAGAGGAAUAUGAAGAGAGCUAUUUGAAGAGAUGAUUAAAUGCUAUAUUGAUAUGAUGAACUCUGAUGUUUUUAAAUUACAAGUUUAAAUUUACACACCAUAUCCCAAAGAAUAUUUUCCAAACCAUAGAAGAACUUUCCUACACUAUGUUUGUAUUUAUUUAACAAUGGUGCGUUAUGCACUUCAAUGUAGUGAUUAAUAAAUGUGAGCAUUGCUCACCAUGUCCAAAGUGAUAUGGGCCUUGCAUUAAGAAUCAGAAAAUACUCUUAUUUUCCCCCCUAAAAUGUAUUUUUCAAACAUCUAAAUACACUGCUCAAAAAAAUAAAAGUGUUUAAAAAUAAACACUAACAUAACACAUCCUAGACCUGAAUGAAUAAAAUAUUCUUAUUAAAUACUUUUUUCUUUACAUAGUUGAAUGUGCUGACAACAAAAUCACACAACUUUGAUGUAAUGUCCUUAAAACAAGUCAUGAGGCUCAGUAGUGUGUGUGGCCUCCAUGUGCCUGCAUGACCUCCCUACAAUGCCUGGGCAUGCUCCUGCUGAGGUGGCGGAUGGUCUCCUGAGGGAUCUCCUCCCAGACCUGGACUAAAGCAUCCGCCAACUCCUGGACAGUCUGUGGUGCAACGUGGCGUUGGUGGAUGGAGCGAGACAUGAUGUCCCAGAUGUGCUCAAUUGGAUUUAGGUCUGGUGAACGGGCGGGCCAGUCCAUAGCAUCAAUGCUUACUCUUGCAGGAACUGCUGACACACUCCAGCCACAUAAGGUCUAGCAUUGUCUUGCAGUAGAAGGAACCCAGGGCCAACCACACCAGCAUAUGGUCUCACAAGGGGUCUGAGGAUCUCAUCCCGGUACCUAAUGGCAGUCAGGCUACCUCUGGCACGCACAUGGAGGGCUGUGCGGCCCCCCAAAGAAAUGCCACCCCACACCAUGACUGACCCACCGCCACACCGGUCAUGCUGGAGGAUGUUGCAGGCAGCAGAACGUUCUCCAUGGCGUCUCCAGACUGUCACGUCUGUCACAUGUGCUCAGUGUGAACCUGCUUUCAUCUGUGAAGAGCACAGGGCGCCAGUGGCGAAUUUGCAUAUCUUGGUGUUCUCUGGCAAAUGCCAAACGUUCUGCACGGUGUUGGGCUGUAAGCACAACCCCCACCUGUGGACGUUGGACCCUCAUGGAGUCUGUUUCUGACCGUUUGAGCAGACACAUGCACAUUUGUGGCCUGCUGGAGGUAAUUUUGCAGGGCUCUGGCAGUGCUCCUCCUUGCACAAAGGCGGAGGUAGCGGUCCUGCUGCUGGGUUGUUGCCCUCCUACGGCCUCCUCCACGGCUCCUGAUGUACUGGCCUGUCUCCUAGUCGUGCCUCCAUGCUCUGGACACUACGCUGACGGACACAGCAAACCUUCUUGCCACAUCUCGCAUUGAUGUGCCAUCCUGGAUGAGCUGCACUACCUGAGCCACUUGUGUAGGUUGUAGACUCCGUCUCAUGCUACCACUAGAGUCAAAGCACCGCCAGCAUUCAAAAGUGACCAAAACAUCAGCCAGGAAGCAUAGGAACUGAGAAGUGGUCUGUGAUCCCCACCAGCAGAACCACUCCUUUAUUGGGGGUGUCUUGCUAAUUGCCUAUAAUUUCCACCUGUUGUCUAUUCCAUUUGCACAACAGAAUGUGAAAUUUAGUGUCAAUCAGUGUUGCUUCCUAAUUGGACAGUUUGAUUUCACAGAAGUGUGAUUGACUUGGAGUUACAUUGUGUUUCUUAAAUGUUGCCUUUGUUUUUUUGAGCAGUGUAUAUUUAAUACUGUAUGUAAACUAAAUCAACCUGCCAGUGAACCUUGCAGUCAACUGUAACUUAAGAUGAGUCGUAGCUGAACAUCCUACAGCAAGAUAAAAGAAAACCAUGACAGAAUAGAUUGAACUAGAUAUUAUCUUGGGCCACAUGUUUUAUGAUCCAAUUUCCUGGACCUGCAAUUUGCUUUGUAUUAAACCAAACAUACUGUAAUAGCCAAAUAUAACGCUGAAGCCAUAGACAACCAAGCACUCAUAUUUUGUUUUGUAAAGGAAUAUUUUAUUAUUGAGGUUUGAUUCCUGUAUACUUUUUUUGUGCCGUUUUGUUAUCGAGUGUUUUACAUGACAAUUGUUGCAGUAUUUAGAUUAAUGAUUUAUUGUUUGUAUUUUUCAUAUGGAGUUUAUGAUAUAUUUUCAGUCUCUGAUAAAGUUUAUAACAAAGCAGUAUAAGAAAAACAUUGAUAUUUUAAACUGAAAAUGUAGUAAAUAAAGGG